AUGAUACUCGAAUUUAUUUGUCUGCUUACGGCGAGUGUCGCCGUACUGGUGUUCGUUCAGUGGUUCACUGGAAAGGAUGACUAUUUCGGAAAAAGAUCUAUCCCGGCACUGCCCGAAGGACUGCUGUUUGGAAACACGCGAGUCCUGAUGUUCAAGAAAAGCUCAAUGGGAGAAUUCGUUAAAAUGGUUUACGAUAAGUUUCCCGGGGAAAAGGUCGUCGGGAUGUAUGAUGUGUACGGCCCUGUGUUCGUGCUGACCGAUCCGGAACUGAUCAAAAAGAUUAUGGUGAAGCAGUUCGACAGUUUCGUCGACAGGCGUCCAUUUUUCUGGAACCCCAAGUGUAAGAGUCCGAAAAUUAUAAUCAAUAGAACGCUACUGACGUUGAUGGGACAACGUUGGCGUAACAUGAGAGCUACACUUAGUCCUGCUUUCACGGGGAGUAAAAUGCGACAGAUGUUUGAGCUGAUUGUGGAAUGUAGUGCGAGUAUGGUAACACACUACAAGAAGCGACUUUCAACGGUCGAUUCGUUGGAAUUGGAUAUGAAGGAUAUGUUUACGAAAUUUACGAAUGACGUCAUUGCAACGUGUGCAUUCGGUAUAAAGGUCGAUUCACUUGAAAAUCCAGAAAACGAGUUCUACAUCAAUGGGAGGAAAAUGAUGCGCUUCAAUCGGUUGAGUGUCGCUGUUCGCGUACUUGCAAUUCAGUUGUUUCCACGGAUUAUGGACGUUCUCGGAAUAGAUAUUGUUGAUCGAGAACAGCUCGAUUACUUCACCAACCUCAUCCUACGGACUGUUAGAACUCGGCAAUCGGAAAAUAUUCUACGACGUGAUAUGGUUCAGCUAUUGAUCGAAGCUAGGAAUGGUAUUCUUAAACAUGAAAAGGAGACAGAUCAACCGGAGGGAUUCGCUACCGUGCAGGAAUCCAAAGUUGGACUAGCUCAGAAGCAGAUUGAGAUGACAGAAAUAGAUUUAGUGGCUCAGUGUAUAAUUUUCUUUGUUGCCGGUUUUGAUACCGUCUCAACUUGUCUCACCUUCUUUGCAUAUGAGCUAGCGAUGAACCCGCAAAUUCAGCAACGAUUGUAUGAAGAAAUACUAGAAACUCAUCAACGCCUUAGUGGGAAGUCAAUAGAUUACGAAACGCUUCAGAGUAUGAAAUUCAUGGAUAUGUGUGUCUCGGAAAGUCUCCGCCUGUGGCCACCAAUACCGAUGAUCGACCGACUGUGCGUUCGCGAUUAUCAAGUUGACGAGGAUCCACUACGGUUCACCAUCGACAAGGGAACCGCCGUUUGGAUUCCGGUACAUGCUCUUCACCGUGAUCCAAAAUACUAUCCCCAGCCGGAAAGGUACGACCCGGAGCGAUUCGCCGAAGAAAAUAGGCACAACCUUAACACGGGUGCGUAUCUUCCGUUCGGUGCCGGCCCAAGGAACUGCAUCGGUUCGCGGCUUGCCCUGACGGAGGUAAAAUCGAUUGUGUACCAUUUGCUGCUGAAUUUCAGCCUGGAACGUACUGCCGGAACACCGGUUCCGAUGCGGCUUGCCCGAGGGUUUGCCGCAACCAACAGCGAACGUGAGGUGGUGGUCGGUUUGAAGUUGCGUAAAUAA